AUGCGCGUCUGUAGUGCAGGUACCAUGGUCUACUCCACCGUUAACAACCACUCCUCCACCCCACCCCAUUCUCCCUCUUUCCAUCACCCCGCCCCAUUCUCCCGCUUUUCAGCACCCCGCCCCAUUCUCCCUCUUUCCAUCACCCCGCCCGAUUCUCCCGCUUUCCAUCACCCCGCCCCGUUCUCCCGCUUUCCAUCACCCCGCCCCAUUCUCCCGCUUUCCAUCACCCCGCCCCAUUCUCCCUCUUUCCAUCACCCCACCCCAUUCUCCCGCUUUCCAUCACCUGCCCCAUUCUCCCGCUUUCCAUCACCCCGCCCCAUUCUCCAGCUUUCCAUCACCCCGCCCCAUUCUCCUGCAUUCCAUCACCCCGCACCAUUCUCCCGCUUUCCAUCACCCCGCCCCAUUCUCCCGCUUUCCAUCACCCCGCCCCAUUCCCCCUCUUUCCAUCACCCGCCCCAUUCUCCCUCUUUCCAUCACCCCGCCCCAUUCUCCCUCUUUCCAUUACCCCGCCCCAUUCUCCCGCUUUCCAUCACCCCGCCCCAUUCUCCCGCUUUCCAUCACCCCGCCCCAUUCUCCCGCUUUCCAGCACCCCGCCCCAUUCUCCCGCUUUCCAUCACCCUACCCCAUUCUCCCGCUUUCCAGCACCCCGCCCUAUUCUCCCGCUUUCCAUCACCCCGCCAGAUUCUCCCGCUUUCCAUCACCCCGCCCCAUUCUCCCGCUUUCCACCACCCCACCCCAUUCUCCCGCUUUCCAUCACCCUGCCCCAUUCUCCCUCUUUCCAUCACCCCGCCCCAUUCUCCCGCUUUCCAUCACCCGCCCCAUUUUCCCGCUUUCCAUCACCCCGCCCCAUUCUCCUGCUUUCCAUCACCCCGCCACAUUCUCCCUCUUUCCAUUACCCCGCCCCAUUCUCCCUCUUUCCAUCACCCCGCCCCAUUCUCCCGCUUUCCAUCACCCCGCCCCAUUCUCAUGCUUUCCAUCUCCCCGCCCCAUUCUCCCUCUUUCCAUCACCCCGCCCCAUUUUCCCUCUUUCCAUCACCCUGCCCCAUUCUCCCUCUUUCCAUAACCCCGCCCCAUUCUCCUGCUUUCCAUCACCCCGCCCCAUUCUCCCGCUGUCCAUCACCCCGCCCCAUUCUCCCGCUUUCCAUCACCCCGCCCCAUUCUCCAGCUUUCCAGCACCCCGCCCCAUUCUCCCGCUUUCCAUUACCCCGCCCGAUUCUCCCGCUUUCCAUCACUCCGCCCCAUUCUCCCGCUUUCCAUCACCCGCCCCAUUCUCCCGCUUUCCAUCACCCCGCCCCAUUCUCCAUCUUUCCAGCACCCCGCCCCAUUCGCCUGCUUUCCAUCAUCCGCCCCAUUCUCCCGCUUUCCAUCACCCCGCCCCAUUCUCCAUCUUUCCAUCACCCCGCACCAUUCUCCCUCUUUCCAUGA